UCCAGUAAACAUGGAUUCCAUGCAGAUUUUUACUUGGUUAUUACUAUUGCAUGGAGGAUAUCUAUGGGCAUCAGAAACCUCAACCUGGGAAACCAGCCAUGCACCAUCAAGUGUGCAAACUUCUACGGCCCAAACACCAACAACUGAGCUAACUUCCACUGAAACAACAACAAGCAUUCCACAUUCCACUGCACCAUCAACUGUGCAAACUUCCAUGGCCCAAACACCAACUGUGCUAAUGUCCACUGCACCAACAACCAUGCAAACAUCCACAACACCAACAACCAUGCAAACAUCCACAACACCAACAACCAUGCAAACAUCCACAAGGUCAAUCUCAACAGAUUCUGCACCAUCAACAAUUGAACCAAGCUCAUCAAGUACAGAAACCAGCACAGCCAGCACUGGACUACCCACAAGUACCCAGGAAGGAAGCACAAUUCCCCAGGAAGGAUCCUUACGAUUAGCGAAUGGAGACAAUGUAUGCCAAGGUCGUGUUGAAAUAUAUCAUAAUGGCCAGUGGGGAACAGUCUGUGAUGAUCUUUGGAACAUGCGAAAUGCAGAAGUUGCAUGCAGACAGCUUGGAUGUGGACAGGCCCUAUCAGCUCUGGGAAAUGCCUACUUUGGUCCAGGCACAGGCAAUGUUACGUUGGAUGAUGUUGCCUGCAGGGGAGAUGAAUCUUCCUUGUCUCAUUGCUCUCAUGCUCCCUGGGGCACACAUAACUGUGGUCAUCACGAAGAUGCCGGUGUCAUAUGUUCAGUUCCUCAGGAAGGUUCCUUGCGACUAGCAAAUGGAAAUGACGUAUGCCAAGGUCGUGUUGAAAUAUAUCAUAAUGGCCGGUGGGGAACAAUCUGUGAUGAUCUUUGGGACAUGCGAGAUGCAGAAGUUGCAUGCCGACAGCUUGGAUGUGGACAGGCCCUAUUAGCACUGGAAAGUGCCCCCUUUGGUCCAGGCUCAGGCGAUGUUAUGUUGGAUGAUGUUUCCUGCAGGGGAAAUGAAUCUUCCUUGUCUCAUUGCUCUCAUGCUCCCUGGGGCACACAUAACUGUGGUCAUCACGAAGAUGCCGGUGUCAUAUGUUCAGUUCCGCAGGAAGGUUCCUUGCGACUAGCAAAUGGAAACGAUGUAUGCCAAGGUCGCGUUGAAAUAUAUCAUAAUGGCCAGUGGGGAACAGUCUGUGAUGAUCUUUGGAACGUGCAAGAUGCAGAAGUUGCAUGCAGACAGCUUGGAUGUGGACAGGCACUAUCAGCACCGGGAAGUGCCCACUUUGGUCCAGGCACAGGCAAUGUUACGUUGGAUGAUGUUGCCUGCAGGGGAAAUGAAUCUUCCUUGUCUCAUUGCUCUCAUGCUCCCUGGGGCACACAUAACUGUGGUCAUCACGAAGAUGCUGGUGUCAUAUGUUCAGUUCCGCAGGAAGGUUCCUUGCGACUAGUGAAUGGAGACAAUGUAUGCCAGGGUCGCGUUGAAAUAUAUCAUAAUGGCCAGUGGGGAACAAUCUGUGAUGAUCUUUGGGACAUGCGAGAUGCAGAAGUUGCAUGCCGACAGCUUGGAUGUGGACAGGCCCUAUUAGCACUGGAAAGUGCCCCCUUUGGUCCAGGCUCAGGCGAUGUUAUGUUGGAUGAUGUUGCCUGCAGGGGAGAUGAAUCUUCCUUGUCUCAUUGCUCUCAUGCUCCCUGGGGCACACAUAACUGUGGUCAUCACGAAGAUGCCGGUGUCAUAUGUUCAGUUCCCCAGGAAGGUUCCUUGCGACUAGUGAAUGGAAACGACGUAUGCCAAGGUCGCGUUGAAAUAUAUCAUAAUGGCCAGUGGGGAACAAUCUGUGAUGAUCUUUGGAACAUGCAAGAUGCAGAAGUUGCAUGCAGACAGCUUGGAUGUGGACAGGCACUAUCAGCACCGGGAAGUGCCCACUUUGGUCCAGGCACAGGCAAUGUUACGUUGGAUGAUGUUGUCUGCAGUGGAAAUGAAUCUUCCUUGUCUCAUUGCUCUCAUGCUCCCUGGGGCACACAUAACUGUGGUCAUCACGAAGAUGCCGGUGUCAUAUGUUCAGUUCCCCAGGAAGGAUCCUUACGAUUAGCGAAUGGAGACAAUGUAUGCCAAGGCCGCGUUGAAAUAUAUCAUAAUGGCCAGUGGGGAACAAUCUGUGAUGAUCUUUGGGACAUGCGAGAUGCAGAAGUUGCAUGCCGACAGCUUGGAUGUGGACAGGCCCUAUCAGCACUGGAAAGUGCCCCCUUUGGUCCAGGCUCAGGCGAUGUUAUGUUGGAUGAUGUUGCCUGCAGGGGAAAUGAAUCUUCCUUGUCUCAUUGCUCUCAUGCUCCCUGGGGCACACAUAACUGUGGUCAUCAUGAAGAUGCCGGUGUCAUAUGUUCAGUUCCCCAGGAAGGAUCCUUACGAUUAGCGAAUGGAGUCAAUGUAUGCCAAGGUCGCGUUGAAAUAUAUCAUAAUGGCCAGUGGGGAACAGUCUGUGAUGAUCUUUGGGACAUGCGAGAUGCAGAAGUUGCAUGCCGACAGCUUGGAUGUGGACAGGCCCUAUUAGCACUGGAAAGUGCCCCCUUUGGUCCAGGCUCAGGCGAUGUUAUGUUGGAUGAUGUUUCCUGCAGGGGAGAUGAAUCUUCCUUGUCUCAUUGCUCUCAUGCUCCCUGGGGCACACAUAACUGUGGUCAUCACGAAGAUGCCGGUGUCAUAUGUUCAGGACCAGUAACUCCUAGUAUUCCGCCUUCUGUUGUGCAAUCAUCAGCUGCUCAGAUAGACAGAACAUCAGCAUCUUCAACGAUGCUCUCAUGUUCUGGAGAAUUCAUGCAUGCAUACAUCAGCAGAGUCUACCUACAGACAUUGGGCUACAAUCCCCAGGAUUUGCAUCUGAACCAUUCAGACUCUUCCUGUACACGUGAAAUUACUCCAGACUACGUUAAAUUCAAGAUACCAUUCAACGGUUGUGGCACAAUAAUACAAAGGAGUACUGAAUCUAUAAUCUAUUCCAAUGUAAUUAUGACAUCCCGCUCUGGUUAUAUCAUUACAAGGGAACCAGACUUUGAAUAUCAUAUUUCAUGUGAAAUGAAGAAGGACGUAGUUGUUGAAGCAAAGUUUGUUGCCAGAAAUCCCACUGACCUCACUAAAAGACAGCAAGGAAAUUACCCCAUUAUUAUUGCAUUCUAUAAAUCACCAUCUUAUCACAGCCGAGUUACAAGUUAUCCAUACAUGGUUCAUCUCAAUCAGAAUUUAUUCCUCCAAAUCACUCUGAAUAGUUCUGAUCCAUACUUGACAAUAUUUAUUGACACAUGUGAGGCAUCUCCAAAUCAUGAUGAUUUUGAAACCUUGACCUAUGACUUGAUCAGGAGUGGAUGUAUACAAGAUCCUACCUAUCAAACGUUGCCUUCACCAAGUAACAAUGUUGCACGCUCUAAAUUCAAUGCCUUUAAGUUUCUUCAGGAACACAAUACAGUUUACUUGAGAUGUCGGAUUGAAGUAUGCAGAUUAUAUGAUUAUGCAUCCCGCUGCUACCAGGGGUGCUCACAUAGAACAAAGAGGGAUGCAGAUGCACUCCAGAACCAGGAGGAUGUAGUUGUGGGACCAUUCCAACUUCUCAAAGAAGAUUGAAAACACGAAUUGGAGAAGCGUGCAACUCUCACAACAGAUGUAGCCAUCAGUUCAUUUGCUGUUACUACUGUUCUUUUGGUACCAUACUGUUUGUUCUAUCUCGCUUAUUUCUGAGUAGCAAAUUGAUGAAGGGGAAAUUACAAGAUACAUACUGAUCAUUGGUAUGUCACUGAACCAGUCUAUAGAAUUGCAUUUUAAAAUUCCAGCACAAUAUUUCAAAGUGCAGCUUUUGAAUACAACUUUUAAAGUGAUCGGUGUCUUCCAAAAAAAGUUAUUGAAAUUCUUGUUACUGAUAGUCACACAACCCAGUUGUCAAAGUAUUGGGACACGGACAUUUAUUCUAAUCAAAAUCAAAUUGUUCAUCCAAUUACUUUGGUUUGUGAAAUGGCUGUCAUCUUUUGUUCCUAACUAUUGUAUCUUGAUAAAUAAUCACCAUAUGGCAUGUAUGUUAAUUAAUCAUGUGAUAGCCAUUUGUAUAUGUUGCAAUGUAAACACUAGGCAUCAGAUAUCUAUAGUGGCCACCUGGUAAACUGUCAUGGCUUAUUUAUUUAAAUAAGAACAUAUAUGGAAUAGUCCUUCACAAUAAAUAGCAAGCCUUGCUCCAGGUGUGAUGAUUUCAAGCUCUAUAAGUUUGGUAUAUUUCUUUGACGAGCAUGUAAUGCUGGCCAAAAAUGCAAAAAAAAAUGUAUUUUGAUUUCAAUUUAUUUGCAUUAAAUUUUCUACAUCCUUCCAAAUGAACACUAUGACAUUUUUUCAUCAUCUCAUCAACAAACACAACUUUAUAAAUUGGAAUGAUAAAUGGAAAUAAAGGAUUAGGAUGAAGUGUCAGUCACCUUUGUCUUGUUCCAGUAUUCUACUCCAAAGUAAGGCAUUUUGAUUUGUGUCAUUUAAACUAUUCUCACUUUCCUCAGAUAUAUUCAUCUCCAUUUGAAAUCCCACAGUAUAUGUUAGAAGUUAGAACCUUUUCUCAAUGUCAACAGUGAGCUUUGGAUUUAUGAAUUAGAACUGAAAAGCUCCUGUACCAGUAGAGUACUUUCUGUAGAGUACUUGCAAUGAAUCUCCACAUUCUAUGGAUCAGAAAGGAGGGCUUGUAAUUGUAAAGGAGGCCUUCCAAACACUGAUUACCAGUGAAGCUGGAUCUAGUAGCAACAGGGCCUGUGGCUUCUGCUAUAUAACGGGAUGAACAUUACCACUACCUCUUCUUCCCUAAAAUUUAAAAUUGCCUUAGGACAGCAGAAAUACUCAGUUCACCAUGAGGCUACAGAUAAAUGUUCUCCACAUAGUAAGAGGUGCUACACAUUUAAGUAAUAAUCAAAAGAGUGCAUCCACACAUUAGCUAGAUUCAAAUAUAUGCAAGUGAUAGGGCUGUAAAGUCCCCAAUAGGGGCAAGGAAUCCCCUACCCAUGACUUCCUUUUCCACUACCACAGCCAAGAGGAGAAAAAUAACUUCAAACAAUCACUGUUAGACAAUGGUCUGAUGUCACUUCUGCAGAAAACUCAUGCAGAAAACUCAGAAGGAACAUCAAUCUUCUCUAGGAAUUGUUGGAAACUCUAUGGUUUUAUCAUAGAUUUUUUGGCAAUUCCUAUAGUGGCAUGACAUUACUUCCAGUUUUUCCCCAGAAGUAAUGUCAUGCUGUCACCCACAGAGUUUCCCAUGUCCCUGCCUCCCCAGUCUCUUACUGGUGGCCAGGCAGUGCCUGGCAACCCUAGCAUGAGAAUCUCAGACAUGCAAGAUGACUAGCUGGCCACUUCCAUCUCUUUCAUCAACAUCCAUGAAAAUACAUACUUAUUGUAACAGAAAACGUUUAAAAACCAUGGAUCCACUUGGACACUAAAUUACAACAUUUGAUUGCUAACACAGCGGGUACAAAAAGUGAUGUUUUAAACUAUUCAACCACUGUUUGCUAAUCCAUAACAGUACUGCCAAAUUUCAAGCCUUGGUUUGUGUCAAUAAAAGGCAGCAGCAGUGUGGGGAGGGAGGGGGGCUUUGCACAGCCACUUUGACAUUUGACUGAGAACUUUUGGGAGCUAGGCCUGCCAGCAACCAUUAGGCCUAAUGGCUAUCUCAAGGGCUGGUGGCAAGGUCUUCGGGCUCUGGCAGGGUGGCCUCUGCUGCUGCUGGUUCAUACUCUGGUCUUCCUCAGCCAUAGGACCCCCUCAGCUUUACCUCUGAGCAUUCUGUGUCAUAGUCACUGGACUGGUCAGAAGGGAUCGUAACACAAAUGUAUGUUGAUAUACUAUUAUCUCUGUACACGAUGAUUGUUGGUGCCUAAUAAAUAAAAUGUUGGAACUUG